GUUACAUCCGUGAUUGGGUAAAACAGCUAGCUUUAGCACAGGCCUGCCCCCAGAACGGAAACAUUCUGUUUGGUCCACCGCUCCGAACAUACUGGUAGUCGCGUGGCAUGCGCCAGUCGUGUAGAUGACCGGCGGACUGGGCGACCUCUGUCGGCUGACCUUCCCCAGCUGUCUCGGCUAUCAGCAGGACCUCUCUGAGGACUUCGUCUCGGUCGACGGCAUGGCGCGCGAACCGGUCAUUCUCAACGUGUAUGACAUGUACUGGAUGAAUGAUUAUACAACAUCCAUCGGCCUUGGCGUCUUUCACUCAGGAAUUGAAAUCUAUGGCGUGGAGUACGCGUACGGAGGCCACCCGUUUCCGUUCUCGGGCGUGUUCACCAUUCAGCCGCGCGACGCGGAGGACCUCGGCGAACAGUUCAAGUUCAAGCAGUCGAUCCACCUGGGGCAGACGGACUUCACGCGCGAGGACCUGGACCGCAUCGUGGAGGAGCUGGGCAAGGACUUCCGCGGCGACCGCUACCACCUGAUCAACAAGAACUGCAACCACUUCACUUCCAACAUAGCCCAGCUGCUGAUCGGCAAGGAGAUCCCCUCCUGGGUGAACCGGCUGGCCUCGGUCAGCGCCAUGGUGCCGUUUCUCGAGCGCUGCCUGCCCAAGGAGUGGCUGACGCCGGCGGCGCUGCAGCACUCGCUGGAGGAGCAGGUGGCGGGCGAGGCGCCGCCGGCCGUCAGCGCCGCCUCCUCCGUCAGCUCCACAUAGUGUCGGCCCGGCGCCACCCGCCCCGGCAGCGGAGGGCAAGGGCAGGCCGGCCGACAGCCUGCCCCUGUGCCCAGCUGUGGUCUCAUGCUCACUGUGAAAGCCUGGGACGACGGUCUGUGUUUUGAGCGCGCCGCCGCCGGCAGCGAGCGGUGAGCCCUCUGAUGAUAUCUGAUAGACGUUUUUGUUUCGGCCGCAGCGACUGCCGCGGUGGCGGGCCGAUGGCGUCGACUGCGAGCUCUGUACGAGGCUCCCUGAAUCGCUCCGGGCCCUAGUGGCCCGACCGUGGACGACCGUCACCACACGUGUUCUCCCGACCUGUCGGGGCGCGCACUGCGCGUCGCUCUGACGCUAGUGCGCACGUUUGACGCGUGUCUCGGGCGUCUGUUGCGCCUGUGGGGUGGGGCCGGUAUGCUCCGGGUGUCCGCCCAGCCCGGCUCCAGUGUGGCUGGUCUUGAGCGAGACGGCCGCUCUGCCCGCGGGCUCGGGCCGGGCCGGGCGGUGUUUGGUCUUUCACGGCCACGCCGCCGACGUCGGCCUGUCGCCGCUCUUUCCUGCAGAUCUUCCUCGCAGUAAUACUCCGGAGACAUUGAUCACUCGGUGGGUAGUUAGGACUCUGUCGAUAACAAUCUCGGGGUGGUGUGGCCUCGUCGCGGGCGUUCCCGGGACCCCGCGGCCUCUGCACUCAUGGCAAUCCUGUCACGGGCUGACUUCGUCAUGGACAGCAAUCGGGGCGCGGCGUAGCCACGACGCCAAAAGUAGAUGCCGCAGUGAUUUGGCAUCGACGCUGCCGCCAUCUGGGGUACGGUGUGGGACUGUCUGCGCUCUCAGCCAGCGCAGGCUGUCUAGUGUGUCGGCUAUUGCUUGGGCGGAGAGUGGACUGUUGUACGGCCUUGCCCGUCCGGGUCUAUCGGACGUGGACAGAUGGUGGAUGUGGGACUGGUGGUCUGUUCUUCAGUCGCCGUGCUGUCACGAGUACGAGAGCAGUCGACAAAACAGGCGUUCGGUGCUCGGCCUCCUCUACUGAUUGGUAUUUAUACUGUGGGCGUUAGUGUGCUUUGUGUGUUGAUCUCCGACGCGGCAGUGCUAGUUUGUGCCGAGUUCCUUCACGAGUAUAGUGGCGAGUCGGUGUUGUGUGGUAAACUGGCCGGUAACGUGCGCGGUGUCGGGAGUGGCGCUCAGCUCUGUCAUAACUCCCUGUUCCAAAGAGGCGCGGGUCAGCCCGAGGGGGGCGUGUUUCGUGAUCGGGGACGUAAGCUGUUGUGCGUAAUGAGCCAUCGGCCAAGAAAGACAGAGGUCCGGUAGUGGUGCCGUGCGGCCGGCGCUGGCAGUGUUCAGCGGACUAGCGUGACUAUGGGAGGUCUCCACAGGACCUGGCUCCCAGCAUCUACGUAACACUGUGCCGUUAUCUUGUUGACCGCGACGCUCCUCCUCUCCGAUCUUCCGCCCAGUCUGCUGACUGUCUGGGACUUCCGUACCGUUCUUUCGUGGGUGCUGGCGGUGAAGAGGGCGUCCCCUCCACCACAGCCAUGGGCGCGCGGCUGGGCUCCGAGCCGACUCUAUGGACACCGCACCGUCACGGAGACCCCCCCCCCCCUCCCCCUCCCGCCCGUGGGCCUCCGGAGCGGCCUCGUCAGGUCACGAGCCACUGCGCCGAGCCCCCCGGCCUCCGGAGCGGCCCCCGCCUGGUCACGGGCCACGUCAGCCGGCCCCGGCACGUCGAGCACCGCGGCUCAGGCACGUGCCGGCAGCGUGGCCUCCAGUGGGUGGGCGGCGCGAGAGGCCUCGCCGCAGUGCGUCCACUAGGGGCCAACGCCGACUGGCGCUCACCGUCGAGCCGCGGAGUGGACGCCAGCGCGAGCUUGCACUGGUUGCCGGGAGAUGGCAGUGGUUUAGCCUGUUGCUAGGUCCCCGGAUGGACCCUCGGAUUCCGCGCGACACCGGCGUCUGCGGUGUGUGACGGCUGACGGCCGAGCCGGCGGCCGGUGUGGUGUCGCUGGGCGGGGGGGGGGGGGGGGG